AUGACACUACAGAAAUCAGAUACGGCAGGAGAACGAGCGGCUGAUGCACGACGUCCUUCAGGCGGGAAUCGCCAAUCGCACCCAGUUGUCGGGGGCAUUGCGCUGACGCCGCGCUACUCGCCGCGACCCAGACUUGACAACAUCAGGCCGGCCGCAGCACCCCCCGAAGAGCCACCGGAACUCACGCAACCGGAAGCCGUCAACAACCAUAAUGCUUCUCAUCCGGUGAGCACAACACUAGCGGCCGCACUAGUGAGGUGA